ACAGUCCAAAGUCCAAAGUGUAUUAAAGUAAAGCUCGCAAGAUGUCGCAAGUGGAGCAAAUGCAAGUGAAGUCCCCGCCAGAAACUGGAGCAAGAGGAGCAGGAUCUCCCGAGGAAACCUCGUCUGCGGCAGUGGCGACGGAUGCCAGUGAAACGGAGCGCCUGGUGAAGCUGGUGAUGGCCAUGGGUUAUCCCGAGGGCGAGGUUCGCCUUUCGCUGGCCCGUAGCAACAACAACGUACAGCGGGCGGUACAGAUUUUGGUCGAAGGAGCGGAUGACGGUGAAUCCCGGAAACGGCGUCGUAGUCGCCAGCGUUUGAAGCAGCUGCGCAGCUCCCUUUUGGGACAACCCCUGGCCACGGACGACGCCAUCGUCCAGAUGAUGCGGGAUCAGAGGAUGGCACAGGCCCUGCGGGAGAUGGUCAACGAGAGCAGCGUGGAGGCCAUGCAACUGCUGCUCGCGGAGGAGGAGCAGGAGGAGGAGGACUUCGACGAGGGACAGGAGGAGGAGCAGGUGUCCCAAGAUCAGCUGGGCAGCUCCAUGGAGCAGGCAUCCUCAUCCGCCGAGAACUCGCCACCGAGCAACUAAUUCAAAAACAGAUGUUACUACCGCUCUAUACCUCAAAUAGUCCUUUUUUUGUAACUGCAUACCUUAAAAAGGAUUAACUUUUAACAUUUUGUAUUACAAGGUUUUAAGUUUGUAAUUGAAGAGUUCUUAAGUAUUUUUCGCCUAUUAAUAUUAAAAUAUUUAAAGCAUCCCAAUGUAAAAAAAUGGUGUCCAAAGGUUAAGCCUUUUGUUUGUAAUAAAACUUUAUAAACGAAAGAGUUCAAUUUUGAAUAAC